UUUCGUCAGAGAAAAAUCGGAACAAUUUAGAGCUGUUGCAUGUGUCAUUCUAUACGAAGCGGUAAAGAUUUAUUUUUUUCAGCUUCGCAAUGAUCUAUGAAUGCAAAAAAGUUCUGAAAUAAUAAUAAACUCAGCAUAUAUUGGAAUUUAUUUCUGACACAUCUUUCAUUAAAAAUUAAUUCAUGUUUUUUAAUACAAUGGCUUCUGAAAAAUCACUCGUGUUUGCUAGAAAGCUAUGUAUUCAGCAAUAUUUGCGAUAUCAUUUAAGAAAUUAUGCAAAAUUAAUAAGGCAACAAGAUCCAGAAGAAGUAGAAAAUAUGCCCAUUUUCCAAUAUGCUACAGAAAACACCAAGCGUAAGAAGAGGGUUUAUAUGUGGGGUAAUGCCACAUUUGGAGCCUUAGGAAAAGCCAGUUUUAUCAUGCCUACUGCACAUAAGCGUCCUAUCAAAAGUAUGAGGUAUCCAUGGAGACUUCCCUUUGCAGAUUUUCACAAGAUAUUUGAUGUUUCAUGUGGAUAUGGAUUUACUGUUUUUGCUGCAACUAAUGAGGAAAAUGAUUUUACUGCUUUUGGUACAGGUUUAAAUAGUGAUGGCCAGAUUGGGUAUCAUUGUAAUAAAAAGAAGAGACUUCUUGAAACACUUGCAGAACCUGUUCCAAUAGCUCUUCCAUUAUUAAAUUCUGGUACAAAAGCAAUUAAAGUUGGAUGUGGACGUGCACAUACUAUAAUUGUUACAGAUAAAGAAGGAGUUUUCAGUCUUGGUAAUAAUAGUUAUGGUCAAUGUGGUGUUCCUGUUAAUGCAAAGGCUGAAGCUGAUAAAUUUUUAUCUAUUCAUCGCAUUGAAAGAAUUGAUGAACCUGUUUCUGAGGUUGUUUGUGGACAGGAUCAUACUCUGUUUUUAACUAUAAAUGGAAAAGUUUAUAGUUGUGGAUGGAGUGCAGAUGGCCAAACUGGUUUAGGACAUUAUAAUAACCAAUAUGAACCAGCUCUAGUCAAGGGUGACAUUGAAGGAGAAAAAAUUGUUCAGCUGUCUUGUGCAGCUGAUUGUGUUCUAGCUGUAUCAGAUAAAGGAGAUGUUUUUGGAUGGGGCAAUUCUGAAUACAGCCAAUUAAAUUCCGUAACUGAUGAGCAACAAAUAAACAUUUCAAAGAAACUAAACCUUGGCAUAGGCAAGGUUUUACAAGUUGCUUCCGGUGGAACAAUGUGUGCUGCUGUAGAUGAAUCUGGUCGAGUUCAUGUGUGGGGUUAUGGAAUUCUAGGCCAAGGGCCUAAUGUGUCAGUUUCAAAAGUACCAGUUUUGCUUCCAGAACCACUGUUUGGAUUUAACGAAUUUAACACUGAUGUUAAAGUUACUCAGCUGGCUUGUAGCUUAAGUCAUUUUGCUGCAAUAACAAACAAACAUCAUUUAUUUAUGUGGGGAAGAAAUCGAGGUGACUGUUUGGGUCUUGGUAAUCAACAUGGUGAUCAAUUUUUUCCAUACAAAGUUGCUGUGCCUGCUGAAGUUUUGAAAGUGAGUUGUGGAGUUGAUCAUACAGCAGUUCUAUGUAGAGCUUUUGCUUAGUUGUAAAUAAAUUAUUUAUUUUUA